GGAAAUGCUAUUGGUCGAGACAGGCGGGCGGGGGCGUUUUUGUGUAAAAUGCAUCUUUUGUGGACUUUGAGUUGUAUCAGAACUUGAAAGUAUUACUUCGAGUUAAAGGAGCAUCGCUCUGCAAAUCCUUUGUUAUACAUAGCAGCAUGCGUUGAGUGCAUGAUGAUGAUGAUGUGUGUGUGUGUUUGUCUGCAGAGAAAUGCAGGUAUUCCUUAUUAUCAAAUCUAAUUUUAAUUGUCACAUGCUUCAUAAAUAUCAGGUGUAGACUAAGUGAAAAGCUUACUUAUAGGCCCUUCCCAACAAUGCAGAAUACAAUAAUAAAUACAUAUAUAAUAGAAGAAGAAAAAAAUCACACAAGGAAUAAAUACACAAUGAGCAAUGAUAGCUUGGCUAUAUUUUAUUGGCUAUAUAAUGUUUCUUUUCAGGUUUUCAUACAGUCUUAUGUCUUUCCUGCUGUUGUGUAUGUGUGUCUGUAGUCUGUUGGUAUAUCUGUCUGUACAUCUCUCAGUAAUAUGUCUGGAUAUGUCGGUUUGUGAAUGGGGUUAUCAUCUACAAUAGAUCGGUGUCAAAUGACAGAAUCCACAUUAUGAAAUGAACAUGUGAACGACUGCAUCAGACAAAUGUAUUUGAACCCCGGGUAUGAGGUAAGCAGGGUGGAAAACAAACGCACCAGCUAUUACAAAUCAAGCUUACACAAGAUGGACCAUGGAACCGCCAACAAUAGUCUCACAAACACUCUGGGUCAGAGUCCGUUCCCAUCAUCCUCUCAUUCACUGGAGAGAAAAUGAAUGAAAGUGUGUGUGAGAGAGAGAAACUACAAAUGAGGCACAAACUUUAUUUCUGUACUUUGAUCUCCAAAACCAGACAAUGCUGUUACAGUCUUUAGUGUUGUUUACUUGCAGCCACAAAUAAAACAGUGAGAUAAUAUGCCACCUGUAGCUGCUACCAAUAUUUAUUUAUACAGUACUACAUACUUCACUUCUCCAUCCGCAGAUAACACAGACUGCAGUCAGAGUGCAGUAUAACUACAGUUAGAGUGCAUUAUAACAGCAUUAUGCUGCAAAUACUGUGUCCAAUAUAUCAUAGUUAUUCUGCAAUUACUGCCCCCAAAAUACAACAGUCGACUGCAGUUACUGCACUUUCAAAACUGCAAUCCUUUUUUGUAAGGAUGGUAGCAAUAGAAUGAGAAUCUCUAGUUCUCCAACUCUAUAUUUUUGAUUCUGAAUGUAAUUUCUUCCACCACGUGGUGGCGCCCUUUAAAAUGAUGAGUGGUUCGACUUUCAAUGUCAGUGGCUACUUCCCUUUCCGGAAGAGAGCCGAAAGAAGCCGCAAUAUCAACAUUCAUUGACAGAAUUUCUAAAUAACACCAUUUUAUAUAAAUUGCGGUGUUGGGUUCAGGAUGUCAGGACAGAAGCGUCCGUGUGACUCCAGCGCCCCCUCUUCCUCGUCCGGUGCGCCCCCCGAUAAACGGAGGGAGCGAGAUGGAGGAGAGGACGGGGUUCCCGGGGUCAGCGCUACUGCCGUGGAAACAGUCAUCAAACUCGGAGGGGUGUCCAACUCGGAGGAACAGGAUGUCAAAGCUCUCCAUGUGAAGAACAGGAAGUUGGGAGAAUCCCUCGAUCAAAGACAGGUGAUUGAGGAUGAGCUGAGAGAGAGAAUCGAGAGACUGGAGACUCGUCAGGCUACUGAUGAUGCCAGCCUACUGAUCCUGAACAGAUACUGGAAUCAGUUUGAUGACAAUGUGCGCCAGAUUGGCAGGCGCUACGACCAAUCAGGAAGCGAGCCUGUCGAAACCCCGGCAGGAGAGGGGCGGAGCCUGAAACCUGACACCCCAGAACCGGAUGGUGACUCCAACCAGGAGAGAGCCAAAGAUCGAGGCCAACAGGGAGAGACAACCACGUCCUUCCUGGCCACGCUGGCCAGCAGCAGCAGCGAGGAGAUGGAGGCAGAACUGCAGGAGAGGGUGGAGUCCAGCCAAAAGCAGGCCAACCGCGUAGUGGAGAUCUACGACAGCUUGAAGACCACCGUGGAGCAGCUGAAGAAGGACCAGAACUCUGGAGCAGAGGGCUCUGUGUGGCAGGUCGCUGUACAGCUCAACACCCUCCUGUCCAAUGAGAACGACCGGCUGCGUCAGCUGACCGAUGACCUCCAGCAGAAGCACAGUCACAUGACUAGCGAGUCUCGUUCUCUGGGGCGGGCGGUGGCGAGGGCAGACACGCGGGUCAGUGAGCUGCAGGGCCUCAUCGAAGAACUCCAGUGGGACAUGGAGAAGAUCAGACGCAGAGAAACCCGCCUCAACACACACCUGGGAGAAAUCCUGGAGAGGGUGAACAGUAAAGGCUACAAGGUGUGUGGGGAGGCCAGCAGUGUGUGUGGAACCAUCACCAUCAACAAGAGAAAGUUUGAGGAGAUGAACAGUGAGUUGGAGGAGAACAGGGAGCUGGCGGAGAACCGUCUGAGCGAGCUGCAGCGGCUACAGCAGGACCUGCAGACGGUCAACCAGGAGAACAACAACAUGAAGGUGGAGUUGUUGAGUCGUGCUGAGGGGGUGGUAAGGGAGAGCUCAGAGUACCGCUGUCUCCAGUCCCAGUUCUCUGUCCUCUACAAUGAGUCUGUGGGCCUUAAGUCUCAGCUGGACGAGACGCGCACACGCCUCAACACCACCAGAACGGCACGCCUCCGACAGCUAGAGCACAUGGAGAAUGAUGAGGUGUCUCUCCAGAGGAAGGUCCGUACAGAGGUGUUCCAGCUGGAGGACACUCUGGCCCAGGUCAGGAAGGAGUACGAGAUGCUCCGGAUCGAGUUUGAACAGACCCUCGCUGCCAAUGAACAAGCAGGUCCUAUCAACAGGGAGAUGCGUCACCUGAUCAGCACACUGCAGACACACAACCAGCAGAUGAAGGGAGAGGUGGUGAAAUACAAGCUGAGACUGAGAGAGGCACAGACUGACCUCAGCCAGGCUCGCACUACGAAGGGCAGCGCUAUCCUCCAAUCACAAUCCAGUACGGAGCUGGAUGUGAAGGAAGAGACCACCUCCCCCCUGACGCCUGCUGCCUCUGGUGAUGUCACCAUCAAGGUGGAGUCUGACAAUGGUUCAGCCACGCCCAACAGCACUAGUACCUCUUUGAAGACAGAGCCUGGGACGGAGACAGAGGGAGAAAUCAAAGAGGAGGAGAAAGAGAAGGAAGUGAAAAAAGAGGAGAAGAAGGAGAGAGAGAGGCCAACCCGUGGAGGGGGUGGGGCCGUGAAGGAGGAGAAGGAGAAGGCUGGGACCAGCAACCAAUCGGAGGAGGUGGCUCUGGAGCGCCCGUCUGUGAUUGGAGGACCAAAGAGGAAGGAGGUGGAGCAACUAAAAAUUGUCAGGGCGGACCUAAAGAAAGCCCAGGAGUCUCAGAGGGAGAUGAAACUACUGUUGGAUAUGUACCGGUCAGCACCCAAAGAGCAGAGGGACAAGGUCCAGCUCAUGGCCGCUGAGAAGAAGGCCAAGUCAGAGGCGGAGGAGCUGAAGCAGCGUCUCAGGGAUCUGGAGGAGAGGGAGAGGAGAGAGGGGAAGAAGAUGGCCGACGAGGAGGCACUGAGGAAGAUCCGUUCUGUGGAGGAACAGAUAAACAUCCUCAAUAAGAAGCUCUCCCUGGCCAAGCAGGAGGAGGAUGCGUUGCUGAGUGAGAUGGAUGUGACGGGCCAGGCUUUUGAGGACAUGCAGGAGCAGAACAUCCGGCUGAUGCAGCAGUUGAGGGAGAAGGAUGACGCCAACUUCAAGCUGAUGUCGGAACGCAUCAAGUCCAACCAGAUCCACAAGCUGCUCAAGGAGGAGAAGGAGGAACUCGCCGACCAGCUGCUUACGCUCAAAACACAGGUGGAUGCCCAGCUGCAGGUGGUGAGGAAGCUGGAGGAGAAAGAGCGCCUCCUCCAGGGCACCAUCAGUACAGCAGAGAGAGAGCUGGCUCUGAGGACACAGGCUCUGGACAUGAACAAACGCAAGACCCAGGAGUCAUCGGUGCUGUCGGAGGAGGUGCGUAGUCAGCUGGACCAGGUGCAGCAGAGACUGGGAACCGUCAGGGAGGAGGUCAUAGAAAACAGCAUCUCCAGAGAGAAGGAGUCCUUCAACGCGCGCCGCGCACAGGAGGACAUCUCCAAACUGCGGAGGAAGAUCGAGAAGGCCAAGAAACCAGCCGAGACCGUCCGCAACGGAGACGACAUCCUCAACGAGGAAAUCAACGAUUACAAGGCGCGUCUGACGUGCCCGUGCUGUAACUCCCGGGUAAAGGACGCCGUCCUGACCAAGUGUUUCCACGUCUUCUGCUUCGAGUGUGUAAAGACGCGCUACGACACGCGCCAGAGGAAGUGCCCCAAGUGCAACGCCGCCUUCGGCGCCAACGACUUCCACCGCAUCUACAUCGGCUAGAGAGGGUGGAGGAAGAGGGGGAGGAAGGAAGCGUAGGGGGUAGGAUAGUGGUGCCGAGAGGUCAGCGGUAUCCACACACCGUGCUUUCUCUCCAGCCAAACAAAACUGUUAUCACCACUCUAAAGAGUGAGGUGGAAUUAGACUAGAAAUCUGAGAGGUUUGAUGGACAUGUAAUCGUUAUGGGAAUCUAUCCACCUUGCUCUCUGAUAGGCUAUGUGGAGUUGCUGACACCUAUUCAGUACUCUCGGAUCUCCACAAUAGUGGUGGGGGCUAAGGGUUGUUUCUGGAUUGGUGUACAUUACAUUGUCUUAUAGCACCCCAGACAUGGUUAUAUUUGCUGGCUGUGCACUGCCUGCCUGGCUGGAAGAAAAGCCUAUAGGAGAGACUGCCUGCCUGGCUGGAAGAAAAGCCUAUAGGAGAGACUGCCUGGCUGGCUGGAAGAAACGCCUAUAGGAGAGACUGCCUGGCUGGCUGGAAGAAAAGCCUAUAGGAGAGACUGCCUGUCUGGCUGGAAGAAACGCCUAUAGGAGAGACUGCCUGUCUGGCUGGAAGAAACGCCUAUAGGAGAGACUGCCUGUCUGGCUGGAAGAAACGCCUAUAGGAGAGACUGCCUGUGGCUCAACAAUAGGAUUACAUUACCUAGGGCCUUGUGUGUGGGAACAGUGAGAUUUGACUUGAAGGGAUCCUCGUAGACACACUUUUCCAUAGUUGAUGUAGCUACCGGGGGUGUUUUUCUCUUCUCACUGAGUUGGUGGAGAGAGCGAUACAGACCUCUUCCACUUAAUAAUUCCAGUCCCGAAGGGCUGCAGUGAUGCGCUGAAGACCCUGAUAAUCAUUUGACUGAUAGUCAACUUCUCUCCCCAGUACUGCUACCCCAGGGAACUAGACACCAGAUGACCUUCCUCGGGCUCUGGAUUUAGACUGGUGUGUGUGUGGACAUGUCAGUUUACACACAUGUGAGGGAGAAGGAAAAACAGCGGAACCAUUUGCUUAGAUGGUUAGAAAAUCAAUGGUGAGAGUCCCUGGACUAACAGGGACCCUUGCUCCACCUGUACUCUGUCUGUGUGACCAGUCAAUGUUGUCCUUGUAUUUGAAAGCUGCCUCAUCAGGCCAUAGACAGACAUGAUACUAAUACCUUGAACUGAUGCCGAUGUGUAAUAUUGCUGCUCUGAAAGUUAUUCAACUGCCAUCAAAUCUAGAAGCUUGUCUUGCAAUUGGUUACUUAUCAGUAAAGUUUGUGCAUUUUUAUUA